AUACACCGGUAUCGGCGUAGAAAAUCUCGUAAUUAAUAUAAAAAACCGAGGGUUCAUUCCAUAAAUUCCUGCAACUUGCACUUUCCUCUCCCCUUAUUGCCUGCCGGCAGAGAAGAGAAGGGUACUCGGAGCGAAAAGAAAGUGUGAGAGACGGAGACCGAGAGAGAUGAAAGGGUGCGAGCUGUGUGGGAAACCGGCUAGGAUGUAUUGCGAGUCGGACCAGGCGAGCUUAUGCUGGGACUGCGACGGGAAGGUCCACUGCGCCAACUUUCUGGUGGCGAGGCACUCCAGGAGCCUGCUCUGCCAUGUCUGCCAUUCUGUGACUCCGUGGAAAGCCGAGGGGCCCAAGCUUACCCCUACUGUAUCUGUCUGCGUGGGCUGUGCCGAUAAUAACAGCAGAUCAAUAUGCGAUGCAGAGAGUGAAGUGGAACCAGUAAACGAUGAUGAGGAUGAAGAUGAUGAUGAUGAUGAUGAUGAUGAGAAUGGUGACGAUGAUGGAGACGAUAGUUAUGGCGAGGAUCCGGAUGCGGAUGACGAAGGGGAGAAUCAGGUGGUUCCGUGGGCUUGUGCUUCUUCACCGCCACCGCCUCCGGCGGCUAGUUCUUCUAGUGACGAGGAGGACGGAGAGGAAUCAUCGACAGCUAUUUCGGCUCUGAAGCGAGUGCGAGAGAAUGCGGAUGUUGAUUCAGAUGAUGAGACCGGGUGCUCCUCUCUUCCAGAGGCCUCUAGAGCAGUGGUAGCUCACGAGGACGUGAGCGAUUUGGACUCAACAAGGGCACUGAAACGGCGCAGAAUCUCCGAAGCGAACCAAACGAAGAGAGCUCAAGAAGAAUCGAGAUCGACGGCGAUCAUUAGCUCGUUUAGGAGACUCCAAAACGAUAGAGUCGUCGACGGGGAAGACGCGACCGCUACGAUUAUCGGGAUUUGCAAGCUGAGCAGAGAACAGUAGCCUUGAAUAUGGGGGCUUUGUUUCUUUCCUUGUCUUGUUUUGUUUAUGUUACUAACUGCUUAUCAUACGUAUGAGGCAGUUUUUCCCGUCAUCAAUCUAUGAUUUUUUUUUUUU